GAUUCACUGUGUCACAUGCCAGAAGGUGGCCAUCAAAAUUGUCAACCGGGAGAAGCUCAGCGAGUCUGUGUUGAUGAAGGUGGAGCGGGAGAUUGCCAUCCUGAAGCUCAUCGAACACCCUCACGUUCUAAAGCUGCACGAUGUUUAUGAAAACAAAAAAUAUUUAUACCUGGUGCUAGAACACGUGUCUGGUGGAGAGCUCUUCGACUACCUUGUCAAGAAGGGCAGGCUGACCCCCAAAGAGGCUCGGAAGUUCUUCCGACAGAUCAUCUCUGCGCUAGACUUUUGCCACAGCCACUCCAUAUGCCACAGGGAUCUGAAGCCAGAAAACCUUCUACUGGAUGAGAAGAACAACAUCCGAAUCGCGGAUUUCGGCAUGGCGUCGCUGCAGGUUGGCGACAGCCUGCUGGAGACCAGCUGCGGGUCCCCCCACUACGCCUGCCCCGAGGUGAUCCGGGGGGAGAAGUAUGACGGCCGCAAGGCGGACGUGUGGAGCUGCGGCGUGAUCCUGUUCGCCCUGUUGGUGGGGGCUCUGCCCUUUGACGACGACAACCUGAGGCAGCUGUUGGAGAAGGUGAAGCGGGGUGUUUUCCACAUGCCGCACUUCAUCCCACCCGACUGCCAGAGCCUGCUGCGCGGCAUGAUCGAGGUGGACGCGGCCCGGCGCCUCACGCUAGAGCACAUUCAGAAACACAUAUGGUAUAUAGGGGGCAAGAACGAGCCCGAGCCGGAGCAGCCCAUCCCCCGCAAGGUGCAGAUCCGCUCGCUGCCCAGCCUGGAGGACAUCGACCCCGACGUGCUGGACAGCAUGCACUCGCUGGGCUGCUUCCGGGACCGCAACAAGCUGUUGCAGGACCUGCUGUCCGAGGAGGAAAACCAGGAGAAAAUGAUUUAUUUCCUUCUCCUGGACCGGAAAGAAAGGUACCCGAGCCACGAGGACGAGGACCUGCCCCCCAGAAACGAAAUAGACCCUCCUCGGAAGCGUGUGGACUCCCCAAUGCUGAACCGGCACGGCAAGCGGCGGCCGGAACGCAAGUCCAUGGAGGUGCUCAGCGUGACAGACGGCGGCUCCCCGGUGCCCGCGCGGCGGGCCAUCGAGAUGGCCCAGCAUGGCCAGAGUAAAGCAAUGUUCAGUAAAAGCCUGGAUAUCGCUGAAGCCCACCCCCAAUUCAGCAAAGAAGACAGGUCCAGGUCUAUCAGCGGCGCCUCCUCGGGCCUCUCCACCAGCCCGCUGAGCAGCCCCCGGGUGACCCCUCACCCCUCUCCAAGGGGUAGUCCCCUCCCCACCCCUAAGGGGACGCCCGUGCACACGCCCAAGGAGAGCCCGGCAGGCACACCCAACCCCACGCCACCAUCCAGCCCCAGCGUCGGAGGGGUGCCCUGGAGGACACGGCUUAACUCCAUCAAGAACAGUUUCCUGGGGUCACCUCGCUUCCACCGCCGGAAAUUGCAGGUUCCAACACCCGAGGAGAUGUCCAACCUGACCCCGGAGUCGUCCCCAGAGCUCGCCAAGAAGUCGUGGUUUGGGAACUUCAUCAACCUGGAGAAGGAGGAGCAGAUCUUCGUGGUUAUCAAGGACAAGCCCUUGAGCUCCAUCAAAGCCGACAUUGUUCACGCCUUCCUGUCGAUCCCCAGCCUCAGCCACAGCGUCAUCUCCCAGACCAGCUUCCGGGCUGAGUAUAAGGCGACAGGGGGCCCGGCGGUGUUCCAGAAGCCGGUCAAGUUCCAGGUGGACAUCACCUACACCGAGGGCGGGGCAGCGCAGAAGGAGAAUGGCAUCUAUUCUGUCACAUUCACGCUCCUGUCAGGCCCGAGCCGCCGCUUCAAGAGGGUCGUGGAGACCAUUCAGACCCAGCUACUGAGCACACACGACCAGUCCUCCGCCCAGCAUUUGUCAGAACCCCCCCCGCCAGCGCCAGGACUAAGCUGGGGUGCUGGGCUUAAGGGCCAGAAGGUGGCCACCAGCUACGAGAGUAGCCUCUGACGCUGGCAGACACCACUAACUGUAUGGAAAUGAUGACGGGGAGGCUUUCCAAAUGUGACGAGAAGAACGGGCAGGCGGCCCAGGCCCCCAGCACGCC